GAACAAAUUUCGCAUGUGGGUGGCAGAGAAUUAAAAUCUCAAGUGUUGAACCUCAACGGUAAUUUGAACAAUGAACGUUCCCGCGUUCUCAUCCUCUCCGACCACAACGCUACAACCUCCACCGCCGCCGCAGCCGCAGCCUACACCUUCGUUUCACGCACAACCAAAUCUUGAGUCCACUGUCUCGUGGACCUCCUCAAUAUCCCGGUACUGCCGCAAUGGACGGUUAGCGGAGGCAGCUCAUGAGUUCACCCGCAUGAGACUCUCCGGCGUGGAGCCAAACCACGCCACCUUCGUAACUCUUCUCUCCUGCUGCGCUCAUUUCCCAUCGCAGUCCCGGUCCUUUGGGGCUGCUAUGCAUGCGUAUGCUCGGAAACUCAGCUUAGAUACUCAAAACGUAAAAGUGGGCACUGUCGUUGUUGAUAUGUAUUCCAAGUUCGGACAAGUGGGCCUUGCAAGGUUGAGUUUUGAUCACACGAGUGUCAGGAAUAGAGUGACUUGGAACACCAUGAUUGAUGGGUACAUGAGAAAUGGCAAGUUUGACGAUGCAGUUGAGUUGUUUGAUGAAAUGCCGGAGAGAGAUGCUGUGUCUUGGACGGCUUUGAUUGGUGGGUUUGUGAAAAAUAGCCGUUUUCAAGAGGCUCUAGAAUGGUUUCAGGAAAUGCUGUUAUCUGGAGUGGAGCCCGAUCAUGUGACCAUGAUCUCUGCACUUUCUGCUUGUGCUAAUUUGGGGACUCUCAGUUUAGGCCUAUGGCUACACUGCUAUAUUUUGCAGCACAAGUUUAAUAACAAUGUUCGGGUGAAUAACACAUUGAUAGACAUGUAUUGUAGGUGUGGGUGUGUUGAAUUGGCACUCCAAGUAUUUAAGCGAAUGCCCGAGAAAAGUAUAGUUUCAUGGAACUCAAUCAUUGUAGGUUUAGCCGCGAAUGGGCAUGGAGAAGAAGCACUUGAGUAUUUUGAUUUGAUGCAAAAGAAAGGGUUUAAGCCAGAUGGAGUGAGCUAUACUGGAGCUCUCACAGCCUGCAGCCAUGCUGGUUUAGUGAAGCAGGGGCUAAAUUUCUUUAAAAUGAUGGUUGAACUUCAUAGAAUUUCACCAAGAAUUGAGCAUUAUGGAUGCAUUGUUGACCUUUAUAGUCGUGCUGGGAGAUUAGAAGACGCUUUGAGCAUGAUAAAGACCAUGCCCAUGAAGCCAAAUGAAGUCAUAUUAGGAUCUGUGAUGGCGGCCUGCAGGAGCCUCGGGGAUGUCAGAUUGGCUGAGAAGCUGAUGAAUUACAUCUCUGAGUUGGAUCCAGGUGGAGAUUCAAACCACGUCCUGCUUUCUAACAUAUACGCUGCGUUUGGAAGUUGGAGAGGGGCGAGCAAAGUGAGGAGGAGAAUGAAGGAGCUCGGGAUACAAAAGAGGCCAGGAAUCAGCUCAAUCGAGGUCAGUGGUGCCAUCACUGAGUUUGUGGCUGGUGACAAAUCACAUGAAGAUUCAGAGUUCAUAUAUGAAAUGCUGGAUCUUUUAUCGCAACAAAUUCGGGUAUCGGGCUAUGUUCCAGAUGGGGAUGCAAAUCAACCAUAUGAAUCUUGGUAAACAGGUAUUUAUGAUGUUUCAUUUAAAAUUAUCCUCCACUGUUUUGUAAGUGUGAAUACUUAGUUAUCAUUUCAUGUUAAAUACAAAUCAAACCACAAAGAGAGUUUCAAGAAAAUUCAUUCAUUCUCAUUU